GCCCGCCGCCCGGCCCCUUUAAGCGCAGGCCCCGCCCGCCGCCGCCGCCAUCAUGCUGUGCCUGCUGCUGACGGUGCUCGCCCACCUCUUCCCGGCUGCGGGCGCCGGCGUAUACGAGCGCACCUUCCUGGCGGUGAAGCCCGACGGCGUGCAGCGGCGGCUCGUGGGCGAGAUCGUGCGGCGCUUCGAGCGCAAGGGCUUCAAGCUGGUGGCGCUGAAGCUGGUGCAGGCCUCGGACGAGCUGCUGCGCGAGCACUACGCCGAGCUGCGCGAGCGGCCCUUCUUCGGCCGGCUGGUGGACUACAUGGGCUCGGGGCCCGUGGUGGCCAUGGUGUGGCAGGGGCUGGACGUGGUGCGCGCCUCGCGAGCGCUCAUCGGGGCCACCGACCCGGCCGACGCCGCGCCAGGCACCAUCCGCGGGGACUUCUGCGUCGAGGUCGGCAAGAACGUGGUCCACGGCAGCGACUCGGUGGAGAGCGCCCGCCGGGAGAUCGCGCUCUGGUUCCGCGGCGACGAGCUGCUGUGCUGGGAGGACAGUGCCGCGCACUGGCUGUACGAGUAGCCGCGAGACCCCGCGGGCCCCUCCUAUUAGCGUCCCGCCCUGGCUCACUGCGUGGGCCAGCGUUUCUUGGGACAAUAAAGUGAAGCAAGUCCUUAA